UCCAUACGAUAUCUCCUAAAGUAUGCCGGAGUCGACUUCAAUGAAAAGCGCUAUGAUCCGGCAAACAAAGAGACCUGGUACACGGUUAAGCCUAACUUAGGUCUGGAUAUCCCAAAAGUUCCCUAUUAUAUGGAAGGAGACAUAAAACUGUCCCAAAGUGUGGUAAUAAUGAGAUACUUGGCGCGAAAGCACGGACUGGUGGCCAGGGAUGACCCCACACUCGGCCGGCAAGAGAUGGUUGAGCAACAACUCAUGGACAUGUUUAAGGGUUAUAUCACCACUUUGAUCGAUACUGGCGACGAUGACGCCAAAUGGAAAGACUAUUGCACCGGUACUCUAAAGCAACAGUUGACUCUAUUGGUGAAGUUCUUGGGGGAUAAGCAGUGGCUGAUCGGACAGUUGUCUUAUGUGGACUUCUUGGCCUACGAGAUACUGGAC